AUGGCCCCAUUACUGGGCCAUGAUGCGCCCUUACCUUCCCGACGAAAUGGCCACGAGAUGACACCUUCAAAGAACGUUCUCUAUGUCGACGCGUACGACUCUUUCUCCUACAAUGUUGUCGCCAUGCUUGAGGAAGUGUUGGAUGUGAAAGUCACGAUCAUGCAUAUUGACUCAACAUGGCCAGAUGGGAACGCUGCUGAGUUUCUUAAACAUUUCGAAGCCGUUGUUCUUGGGCCGGGCCCCGGUGAUCCACAUAUACCGGAUGAUGUGGGAAUUAUGGAGGAUAUCUGGAGUCUGAGCGCCGCAGAUGUGCUUCCAGUCCUCGGAAUCUGUCUCGGUUUUCAGAGCUUAUGCCUUCGUCACGGUGUUCCCAUUCACCGGCUACCGUAUCCGCUCCAUGGCCAAGUUCGCAGGGUUCAAACUUCCGAUGAAGAUAUAUUCGAUGGCGUACCAGAUCUGGAGGUCACACUGUACCACUCUUUAUACGCCCAGCUAGACAUAGUCCAGAACGACCGCAGCGAUAAAAGAUCAGACAUAUUCGCAGCACAAGAGCUUGAUGUUCUGGCAUGGCUACCCUUGGAGGAACAGGUCUCUACCGAUUCGAUUCAGCUGACCCAACUUCCAAUGGCUGUCCGCCAUAAGAAUAGACCCUUCUGGGGUGUUCAGUUUCAUCCAGAAUCCUGCAAGUCGGACAGGGAAGCAUGCAGACAAAUGCUGAGGAAAUGGUGGGAGAUGACUCUCUACUACAACAAAACGAGUGGACGGGGCAGUUUCCCGAAAGUGAUAAGCACCUGCCUCCAAGAAUCGGAUGAUAUAGCUUCUUUACCGAACAUUGUGCAUACCAUGUCGACCUGGUGCACAUCUACUUCAAGAUCUUCCUCCUUCCGACAGUUCUACGCUAAACCGCUGGAUUCGGCAUUAAUCUGCGAGACUCUUAAUAGUCCCGGUUCUCCGACGGUGUUGUUCAAAUCCAACGGCCGACACAGCAUCAUAUCCGUGCUUAGUCCUGGCAGCUGGAGGUUAGAGUUCUUCGCGCAGACUGAAAGGCUCUUUUUGGAGAAUCUUCAUUGCGAGGAUACCUUAGAAGGGCAUUCUGUGAUUAACACGCCCUUGUCGACCAGCCAAUUUUGGGAUGUCCUUCGGUACUUGAUGGACCUGAAGAAGGUUGAAUCAGGCAGUCGGGAUGUCCCGUUUUGGGCAGGAUUCCUCGGGUACUUUUCAUAUGAAAUGGGGCUCGCUUGCCUUCCUCACCCAAAAGACCACAGUCACAACAUCUCGGUAGAGGAUUCGGAAGAUCCAGUGGAUGCGAGUCUACUUUGGACCGAACGAAGCGUGGUCCUCGACCAUGAGUCUGGUCGUGUUACUGUACAAUCUACCCGGGAAGCUGAUAAUCAGCCGGCCGGAUGGCUUGAUGAAACAAUGCGACUUCUACAAGAUAUAUCAUCUCAUCCUGCCGCCGACAAUGUCGACAGUAUUACAACUAAUACAGUAGCCCUGGAUUCUAUACUCAGUCGAUCCGCGGCACAAUUUCCCGGUGAACAACGCUACAAAGAACAGUUUGAUGCUUGUACCGCCGAACUGCACGCCGGUGAAUCAUACGAACUGUGCCUUACUUGUGAAACAGUAAUCACAGUGCCUUUCUCUGAACCAGAUUGUGAUAGCAUGAACUUCCCUUGGCUGUUGUAUAAGCGCCUUCAAAAGUACAAUCCCGCGUCGUUCAGUGCUUAUGCAAAAUUAGGAAAAGUUAAAGUUCUAAGCAGCAGCCCUGAAUGCUUCCUCAAUUGGGACCGGGAGUCUCUUCUCGAAAUGAAACCCAUGAAAGGUACCGUGAGGAAAACGGACAAUAUGACGCUUGGAAUGGCCCAAAAGAUUCUCAGCUCGACCAAGGAAACCGCUGAAAACCUCAUGAUUGCAGAUCUUAUUCGGCAUGAUCUCUAUGGUAUCUGUGGUUCAGGUGGCGUAUAUGUCGAAAAGCUUCUCGAGGUCGAGGAUUAUGGGCAUGUGUAUUCGAUGAUCACACAUGUCAAAGGCCAGGUUGAUCCGACUCGGCCUGGGUUCGCUGCACGGGACAUUCCAGAACUGCUGUCAGCGAAUAUGUCAGCAUACGGGCUUACGGCUCUGCAGAGAUGCCUUCCACCAGGCUCUAUGACUGGUGCCCCGAAGGAACGUUCUUGCAUGCAUCUUUCCUCUAUCGAGUCUCGUAGGCGCGGAGUGUACUCUGGUGUCAUGGGAUUCCUGGAUCUUGGGGGAGGUGGCAGCUUCUCAGUACUUAUCCGCACGGCAUUCAGCUCAUCCAUCGAUAACGCUCGCGAACAAAAAUGGCGAAUUGGAGCUGGUGGAGCUGUCACGAUCUUAAGCACAGCCCAAGGCGAGUGGGAUGAGAUGUUGACAAAGCUAAACACGGUCUAUACCGUCUUUAAGCCGUCUACUUCAAUAGUCACCAGCUAA